GGUGAUGACACCUUGCGUCACAGUAAACAUGGCGGAGUAGCGUGCGCGAGGGGUCUUCUUAUCCCCUUCUACAAAAUCUAGGUUUUUGUUCACUAACAAUGGGUUAUUUUUUCACCAGACGACUCCUUAUAAUAACAAGUUAACAUGUUUCGGCGGUCAAGAUUAUCUAUUCGCCCUAAUGUGGGAACCACUGGGAGAACAGCUGGGACACCCCAGGAACCCCCUUUAUCCAGUAAGGACUCUGAUAUCGCCACCAGUCAAGCCGAGACUCCCGUUUCUGUGACUGACGCCAAAUCUGCUGAAGCCCAGAAUGAGCCACCUCAAGGAGAUUCAACUGACCAAAGUGGAGAGGGUUCAUCUGCAAUUCAGAGGAGAAAAAGGUUUUCUGUGAAGCCUAAAGUGGUACCAGGCCGUCCCUCUGCUCUUCAUCGAACUCCCAAGUCUCCAGUCAAACCAGUGCUUCCUCUUAUCAAAAGUCCAGAUCCAGUCAUUAUCAAAACAGCAACUACAACUGAGACAAAUUCUACUACACCUGAUCAAGAAAUAUUGUCCUCAAAGGACUGCAUAUUGUCCAAGACAGACAUCGUUUCACCAGCUGAAGUCUCGAGCAAAGCCGUACACCACCCUGCUGACACUGGCAAAAUACAGACAUGCAGCCAAGUGAAAGAAAUCUCCCCCAAAGCUCUAGUCCCACCAUCUAUACCCGACAAAGAAACUAUUGAAAUAUCAGAGAAAGCAAAAACUCUGGUGUCUAAAACUGAUCUUACAACAUCCUCACAACAGUUUUCUCUGAGUCAACUCCUCAAUGAUAAAGCUGAUUUGGUGAGGCUUGAAAAGGCACGAAAACUCAGACAGUUGCUAAAAGAAGAGAUGCUUAAAGGGAAAUCAAAAAAGGCCAAGCCACGUGCAAACGAGCAUGAUUUAGAUCCAUCCAAAAUGACCAUGCGAGACCUUAUUCAUUAUCUCCCACUGUCCAAUCCCAUGUCAUCAAGCCUUGAAGAGUCUCAGCAGGAAAAUGAGAUUGCUACUCCACAAUCCCCUGAAAGAGAGGCAUCACCAGAGAGAGAACAGGAAACAGAAGUCCAACCAAACAUGCUUAGUCCUAGUCAGGGGGAAAUGACAGCAACCACUUCAGCUGCAGGAGAGGAUGAGGAAGAGGAGGCAGAUGAGGAUGAAGAUGCACUAAUGGUCCCUCAAGUCAAAGUAGCAGAGGAUGGCACACUCAUAAUUGAUGAAGAAAGCUUAACUGUGGAAGUUCAGAGGAUGAAGGGGCCAAAUACAAUUCAGGAUCGAGAUCCUAUUUUUGAACGAGGGUCCACAACGACUUAUUCAAGCUUCAGGAAAGGGACCCACACCAAACCCUGGUCUACUGAAGAGACGGACAUGUUCUUUUUAGCCAUCAGUAUGGUGGGCACAGAUUUUACUAUGAUCUGUCAGCUUUUUCCUCACAGAGCUCGAUCAGAAAUUAAGAACAAAUUUAAAAAGGAGGAGCGGCAUAAUGCCUGGAGGAUUGACAAAGCUUUUAAGGACAGGCGUAAACUGGACUUGGAGUACUUUAAAAAAUUGCUGGAGAAGAUUAUUGAAUUUCAGGAAAGUAAAAAGAAACUAAAGUCAGUAUCUCAGAAAAAACAAACUCCUAAAAAACAUAAAAGAAAAACAAAAGGUAAAAAAGCUACUCCCAAUUUGAGUGAUGUGGAGGAGGAAACUGAAGAUGAAAUGUCCAAUGAGGAGCAGGAAGGGGAGAAGGAGAACCUCUGUAAUGAGGAAGCACCAGCCCCCAAGCCCAAACGCAAAAGAAAAGAUGAAGAUGAUCAUUCUCCAGAUCCACAACAUGACAAAAAGAAAAGGAAAGGGAAAACAAAAAAUGUGCCAGAUUCUGAAGGAAUUGCUCCUCCAGAAGAUGAAUGUGAAAAGACUGAAGAUUCUGCCAAGAGUACAGAAGCCAAAUCAAGGAAACGAGGAAACGCACUCAAUCCCAUUGGUUCUAAGAGUCGAACAGCACUCAAGUCCAAAGCUACAGUUUCUGAAGGCGAGAGUACAAGUGAAGAAAUGGUAGAGGGCCAGAUUAAUAAAGAGACCUGUUCAUCACAAAAAUCUACAGAGAAAAUAUCUGACAAUGAUUCUUCAGAUCAAGAGACCACUGUGCUGAUAUCAAGACCAACUAGAUCUGGGAGAAUUUCCAAACCUGUGCAAGCCUUAAAUUACCCGGCAAAAGAGGAUACAAACUCAUCAGAUACCACUAUGACCUCGCCUGCACGUAAGACUGCUACAAAAGCCAAAGGCAAAGGCUCUGGGAAGAGGGGAAGAACGGGAAGAUCAGCACAACAACAAUCAGCAAAAGAGUCAAAGAAACCCAAAUUGAUAACACUCAGAGCCUCCCAGUCAGAAGAGAGUGACAAUGAAGAAGAGGAACCUGAUGCACCACAUGACGACGAUGAGAACAGUACAAGUGCGUUUGUGCCGGCCAGUCUGUGCUCGCCCAGACCUGUGGUCCCACAGGUAGAGGAGACGAUGGAAGAGCUUGACAUUUUGACCCACAUGCCUGAUGUGUUGGGUUUGUCCAAGAAUGCUCUGUGCCCUGAUGACUCAUGUGAGCAAGUACAAAAUGAAAGCGGCACUGUUGAACCCUGUGAGCAUCAGCUGGACCUGCUUGUUGAUGUCAUUGACUUCCUUUCAGAACAUACAGAAACAUCAGGGGAUGAAGGCUACAACGAGGCUGCUCAAACCUUGUUGACGUUUGGAAAUCUGGCUAGUCUGUCCCAACCGACAGAGAGUCAGUCAUCGAUGUCAGAUCACACAUCAAAUAUUGAAAGCAGCCAAUGCAUUGAAGUAGAUGAUACAUCAAAGUCUUCUUUGCAGCUAGAAGAAUGCCCUCAGUCAGUUUCACAACCAUCAACUGAAGACAGCGCAACAGUACAGCUACCAGUGACUCAUACCUCUGACACACAGGCUAUUAUAUCUAGUGGGGAAUUGUGUAGCACACAAGAGAAGUCGUCACCUCUCAGGAAGGGAAGGUUUUCUAAGAUAAAACCUAAGCCUAACCUUGGUUCUAGGACUACAAAGCUGUGCACACAGACUGUUGGGGCUGCUAUAGAAACCAAACGGGUUGAAUUGGACACUGCAACAAUCAGUCAUCCCCAAUCUUCAGAACAACUGGAAUUUACUCGGGCUGUGUCCAAACCAUCACACACUGAAAACAGACCAACAGACAAUGCAACAAAAGUGAUGCCAGCGUCCUGUAUUUCUAAUAAACAAGUUGGUUAUGAUCAGUGUGGAAUACCAGAGACAGCCAUGUGUACUAAACUUACUCCAGAAACUACAAAUAACUUGUCUUUGAUCAAAGAGGACACAACAACAAUGCAAAAUGUUCUUUGUAAUUUAAGGACCACAACACAGACUGUUGAAGAAAGGACACAGAUUUCUGAUGACAUCGCAACAACCAGUCAGCUCAGAUCUUUAGAAUAUGAGGAGGAUUCCACUCAGACGGUCUCAGGACAAUCCAACACUAAAAAUCUAGCAUCACUCAGUACAAGGAAUGAGAUGCCAGAAUCACACACUUCUGAUACACAAGUCAUUAAACCCAGUGAUGAAUCCUGUAGCUCACGAGAAACCACUACUUCUCAACUUGCUUCUGUAAGUGCUAAUAAUUCUCCAAUAUCAAGGAAAGGAAGACUCUCGAAUCUUAAACCUAAGCCAAACAUUGGGUGUGCUUCAAGGGCUACAAAAUUGUCUUCAAAAUCAAGUGUUACCAAUGAGGAAAAAAGGCAGAUUGAGUGUGAAAUUGCAGCAACAGGUGAGCCCCAGUCACCUGCACUUUCAGUCUCAGAAUCUGCCACAGUAUCAUAUCGAGACCAUCACCAGGAGUCAUUGACAUUUAACAGCCAGGGAAUAGAACCUGAUCCAAACUCUGAAACCAGUCGACAAGAACAAACUCAACAAACUGAAUCUCAAAGCACAUUUCAUACAUAUUUGAGCCAUUUACAAGAGAAAUGUGGUACAGCAUCUGUCCAAUAUGAAGAGAAACCUCCAGAUCAACCCAAACCUGUUAAGAGUACAACUGAUGAGCCUGGAAACAUGCAUUCAACCCAAAGUGAUCAUUCUUCAGAAGAGGACAAAACUGCAAACACCGGGCCUGUUCAACAGUCACAUCCAAGCUCAGAAAGCUCAAAACUUGGUACGCAUCAAAGACGGCGAUGGAUCCCAAAGGUUAAGCCCAAUUUAGUCCUAUCGCCUCGAACUACAAAGUCAAAAGUGGAGGCUAAAGAAAAGAGCCAUGCAACUGUAAAAGCAAGUUCUGUUGCUGCAACAUCUGAACAAAAAAGCCUCCAGGAAAGCACUUCAGCUGUACCACAUGAGGACAAAUCAGUAAACCUUGAACCAACCUCAUCAAGUGCAGUCGCUUCCAAGUUGGACAUUUCAUUGGGCACCGUGGACACGGCGGACAUGGAACAGGCUCCAAGUGGAUUAAAAACAAACUUCACAAAUAUCAAAUCAAGUUCUGUAUCUGAGCUGGAAUGUGCAACAUUUGAUUCUGGCAAAAGUGUGCAACAACCUCCGGAUACCACUCUUAAUAAUACAGGCAUUUGUCAAAACAGCAGGGCCUCCUCCAGUAUUCACCUGGAAACCUCUGAAAUUUCCACCGGGCAUCCAAGACCAGUAGAUGGUGCUGUGGAACCUUCUUCUACAUUUCAACACAAUAAUGCUGUAGCUUUCCAGGCUUUAGGCUCCAGUAAUGUGCAGGACAGCUCUGUACAGAACAACUUUCAAUACCAGAAUCUAUUUCCCAGCAUGCUUCCAGAUCAUGUCCCAUCUGAUCCAGAUGAACCGUUUUUCAUUCUUUCUUUGACUGAGAUACCGGUCUGUCCAUCGGGGGAAGCUGUGGACUCUGAGCCCAAGUCUUGUCUCCCUCCAUCAGUUAUUGAGGCGCAGCAAAGGCUAGGAAAUCCUGUUGAGCCUGUGGUGCCACCUGUUGCGGGAAUUGACAUCUCUCUCUCUAACAUUGACAUUCCAACGCCAGAAAAAGCUGCUCUCAGAUCUGGCCACAUUUGUGUAGAAGAAUAUCUACCAUCAGCACCCUCUGUUGACAUAAGCAUACUGGUAGAGCCUCAAGAAAAGCUUUCAGUACGAAGUCUAAAUUUAUCAGAGCCUGAGGACAAUAGGAAUAGUAAUAUAAUGAAUACUCCGUCAAUAGAGAGCCAAACUCCAGUCAGAGAUAUUGCUGAUACGAAACCAAAUGGUAAAAGACAAAAUUUGACUGCGAAGGAAGCAACCAAGCAUACAGACAGAACCCAGGAUCCUGCACAGGUUGAAAGCAGAGAAAUGUUUGAAAAUAUCAAUAGUACAUCACAGAAAGAAAGUGAUGACUCUUUGGUCACCAACAAAAUAAAGAGGAAGUCUGCUGAGACAAGUGGGAACACACGGCAAAAUAGUAUAUUUUCUCUGUUUAGGAAAAUCUUUGCAUCAAAUGAAGCUAAAGUUGAGAACUCAUGGCAAAAACGAAAAUCCGCAGCCGUAAAAUCACCUGAAGCACUUUCCCUGGACUACUUGAAAGAUUCUUCAUCAUCCAGCUGCACAGUUCCAGGGUCAACACAAGAGUCUAACCAACAAAGCAGUUUACAUGGUACACCUGAGCGUCUUGUCUCCCAGAGUGACUCAACUGAGAGCAGCCUUCUAGAGGAAGAACCCACCAAUGUGUCACAGUAUUUCAUCGGUGACGUCUUUACAGAAGUGAAAAGUGAUGAUUGUCCAGUCCCCGUAAAAUCAAAUGACACUACUGGUGCUGGUCAAACAGCAGAGACGAUAAGGAACAAAAGCCAAAAUAGAAAAACAAAAGCCCCAUGUGAUCCUUCCAUUGGACAGUGCGUCACUAAAAAUGACUCAACUGUGAUCAGCUUACUGGACGAAGAACCCACCAGUGUGUCCCAGUAUCUAGUAGAAGAUGCUUUCACAGAGGUGGAAAGUGGCAACAUUUCAGUUACAGGGAAAUCGAAUAAAGACAAAGUGGCUUGCGAUGAAAAAACACCAGCUCAAACUUCAGAAACAAUAGGGAAAAAAAGGCAAAAAAGAAAAACGAAAGCUUCCAGUGAUCCUCCAUGUGCACAAUAUGACCCACUGACUGAAGGGCAACCAUCAGAAGCGUCAGUUGCUAAUGAAACACAAAGAAAUGUUGAUGUCAAACAAUUUCACACAGAAAGGACUAGAGGAAAGGAACAGUCCAGUAGGAAUAAUAAAUCCACCGUUAAAGCCAGGGGACCACGGCCUCAAAGGCAAUGUACAGCAGCACUAAAAUCUCCUGAAACUCCUGAAACUCCUUCAGCGGAGAAAAUCAAAGAAACUCCUACAAAAUCUGUCAUGGAACAACCUCAGCUUCCAGUCGUCCAUCAAAGUGACACAAAGGAGAGCUCCGAUGAUGAACCAACCGAUGUGUCCGAGUAUUUCUUAAGUGAUGUUUUUACAGAAGUGGAUGACAAUUUCAGGCCGUAGUAAGUUAGAGACUGGAGCGAGAACUGCCUUUCCUGUUUUAUUGACUUUUUGUUGUGUUGUAAUUUAUUGAUUGAUUGAUUGAUUGUGUUUUUCUCUUACCUUCAAGUAUGUGUAGUAUGUACAGUAGGCCUAUAGUUGGGCAGAAACAGAUAUUUUGCAAAGUGAAGUUUGAGCAAGAAAUCACUUUCUGUAGCUAUAUUUUAUUAAAAAGGAAGUUGUAAAUAUUGCAAUAGCCUUAAACAGUUUGACUUUAAUAACCAUAAUGCAAAAUAAUUUUUAAAAGCCAUGUUUUAUUGUAUAUUACCUCAACAGUCAGUCAUUUCAAAACCAAGCUUGACAACUAUAGGAUAGCCUUAAGUUGAAUGUCUGUUUCAAGUUCCCAGAAUGUUAAACUUACCUUUACAGUCAGCUUUUUGGCAGCUUCUUGUAAUGGCUAAACCUUGCAUUUUAUUACUAUAGUCAUUGUUUAAGUUGAGGCUGAUCUAUAUGUUAAUAAAUAUUCAACUAUCAAA